GGAAGAGUAUGGUUCAUUCCACACCACGGGGUUUACCAUCCAAAAAAGAGGAAACUCAGAGUCGUCUUUGACUGUGCGGCAACUUACCAAGGUGUGUCUCUAAAUGACCAGUUGUUGCAAGGGCCUGACUUAACUAACACCCUCAUCGGAGUUUUGUUGAGAUUCAGACAGGAGCCUGUAGCCAUGAUGGCAGAUAUAGAGUCCAUGUUUUACCAGGUGCGGAUUCCAGACACGGACGCGGAUAUGCUACGCUUUCUCUGGUGGCCAGGUGGUAAUCUGAAUGUGGAAGCUGAAGAGUACAGAAUGUGUGUGCAUUUGUUUGGUGCUACAUCAUCUCCUAGUUGUGCGUCGUAUGCAUUAAGAAGAACAGCGGAGGAUGCAGCAUCAAAGAGUACGCUAAAAGCCACACAGACAGUCCUCAAGAACUUCUAUGUGGACGACUGUUUGAAGUCAGUAGCCACAGAAGAUAAAGCCGUUGCUCUUGUGAGGGAGCUGAUGACGUUGUGCGCCAGUGGUGGUUUCCAUUUAACCAAGUGGGUCAGCAACAGCAGAGCCCUGCUGGGCUCCAUUCCUGACCACGAACGAGCGGCUGAAGUCAAAGAUCUCGUUUUGGAGCAUGAGGAGUUACCAGUGGAACGGGCAUUAGGCAUGCAGUGGUGUACAAGUUCUGACAGCUUCAGGUUCAAAAUACAUCUGCCGGACAAGCCAUGCACAAGACGGGGCAUUUUAUCUGUAGUCAGUUCGGUGUAUGACCCAAUGGGUUUUUUGGCACCACUCCUAUUACCCAUCAAGCUCAUUUUAAGAGAUCUCUGCCAAGAGAAGAAAGGUUGGGACGAAGAGAUCCAUGAAAAGGAAUGUCGGACAUGGAUGAAGUGGCUGACAGACUUGGACAAGCUUUCAGAACUCCGUCUGAACAGAUGUUUAAACCCCCUGAAUUUUGGGCGCACAAAUGCUGCUCAAAUACACAAUUUCUCAGACGCUAGUCAAGAUGGAUAUGGCGUUGUGUCGUAUCUCUUAAUGACAAAUGACCGGGGUGAGAAACAUGUAUCAUUCUUGAUGGGAAAGUCCAGAGUCGCUCCACUCAAACAGAUCACGAUUCCGAGAAUGGAGUUGACAGCAGCAAUGGUUGCAGUCAGAUCAAUCGGGAUGUUGAAAAAAGAACUUGAAGUUCCCCUGAUGGAGUCGGUCUUUUGGACGGAUAGUACAACAGUACUAAAGUACAUUAAAAACGAUGCCCUUCGUUUCAAGACGUUUGUAGCCAACCGUGUCUCUUUCAUUAGUGAAGUGACUACAUCUUCUCAGUGGAAGUAUGUCAACACCUCACAAAAUCCAGCAGAUCAGGCUUCCAGAGGUUUGAAGAUCCAGAGCUUCAUGGAAAGUAAGAGCUGGUUUCAGGGGCCUAGUUUCCUGCGAAAAGAAGUUGAAUGGCCGAAACAACCUGAACAGUGGCCGUACCUGACGGAAGAUGAUGUUGAGGUGAAGACAUCUGCUGCAGUGUCAUGCACAAACUCAAACGAGUGCACAGAUCCACUGAAUCAGCUCUUUGAGUAUUACUCCAGUUGGCAUAAGCUAAAAAAGGCAGCAGCCUGGAUUUUGCAAUUGAGAAGGAUGUUGCAGCACCUGAGUGAGAAGAGAAAAGAGUUUGAGCAGAACGUACAGCAGAAUGAGAAUGAUCCAGAGAAAUGCAGAUCUAUAGUUGAACAGCAAAUGGUGAUGUACAAGAAAAACCUUGAAAAAAGAAUACUUAACGUGGAAGGUCUGUCCAGAGCUGAAAUUGAACUGGUUAAAUACAGUCAGAGACAAACUUACAUGGAGGAGAUUAUAUAUUUUUGGACGGCAGGCUCCCGUGUGAAAAAGAGCAGUUCUAUCUUUAAGCUGGAUCCAUACUUGCAAGAGGAUGUGUUGAGAGUAGGAGGACGUUUGAACAGAUCGGCGAUGCCUGAGGAGGCCAAGCAUCCUGCCAUUCUGCAUAAACAGCACAGAAUAGCUCACCUCAUUCUCCACCACAUUCAUCAAGAGUGUGGACAUGGAGGUAGGAACCACGUCUUAGCCAUAUUGCGACAACGGUAUUGGAUACCAAGAGCCAAUGCAGCAGCAAGAAAAGUGAUUUCAGAGUGUAACCUCUGCAGAAGACUGCAUGCCAAGGCAGGAGAGCAGAAAAUGGCGGAUCUGCCUCAAGACCGUCUGCUCCCUGACAAACCACCCUUCACCAACACAGGUGUAGACUAUUUUGGACCUUUCGAGGUCAGAAGAGGACGUGCAAAGGUUAAGCGUUAUGGAGUGCUCUUCACAUGUUUAACUGUCAGGGCAGUGCAUAUAGAAGUGUUAAAUUCUGUUGGAGAUGAUUUUUGUUUUAGUGGAUUAUUGCGUUUUGAGGCAGUGAGUGUUAGAGUGUCAAUUAUUCGUUCCGACAAUGGCACCAACUUUGUUGGUGCUGAACGAGAGCUGCGUGAAGCAUUGGCAGAGCUGGAUCAGUCUCGUAUCAAUGAAGUCAUGAUGAGAAAGGGUGUGCAAUGGAUUUUUAACCCGCCUGCUGCAUCUCACCACGGCAGUAUCUGGGAGCGUCAAAUUCGUACAGUGAGAAAAGUUCUGAGCUCUGUUGUGAAGCAACAGCUCUUAGAAGAUGAAGGACUACACACUCUUAUGUGA